UCACUCAUUUUAGUCAUUCGCGUACCACCGGCUGUUGUAGUCGACUGUAAAGGGUCACUACGAAUCGCCGGCUUUUUUUUUAAUAUCAGUUAAAUUAACUGAAUAGAACAAUCGUACUUUUGAUUAUAAUACAGAUUUUUCCUGUGAAAGUGCAAACAUUACGUAGUGGUGGUACACACGAUCAUCACAGUUUCAUAUUUCAAUCGAAAUUACUUUGAGGUAUGGAGUGGGAAGGGCCCCCCAAGCAAGGCUUGUACGACCCUCAGAACGAGCACGAGGCUUGUGGUGUUGGCUUUGUUGUUGCUAUCGAUGGCAAACGUUCUCAUAAAAUCGUGCGCGAUGCUGAAACUCUCGCAAAACGUAUGGAGCACCGAGGCGCAUGCGCAUGCGACAACGAUACGGGUGACGGUGCCGGAGUUUUGACCGCUAUACCGCACCAAUACUACUGCGCUCAGCUUAGGAGCAGCCAUCAAAUUGACUUGCCACCGUUUGGCCAUUAUGCCACUGGAAUAUUCUUCCUGGACAAGCUACACCAUCAAGACAUUGAGAAGAAGUUCAAGGAGCUCGCUGAGAGCCUUGGUCUGAGUGUUAUAUGUUGGAGGACGGUACCUACUAACAACGCAUCUAUUGGUCAAGUGGCUCGUAACUCGGAGCCAUAUAUGCGUCAAGUGUUUGUUACCGGAGAUAUCACCGACGAAAACCAACUUGCACGUCAGAUAUUCGUGCUGCGUAAACGCGCGUCCCACGAGCUAGUGGUGCCAGGGGCUCGGUUCUACAUCUGCAGUUUGUCGCUGAGGACUGUUGUUUACAAAGGACUUCUCACUUCAAAUCAAUUAUGGGAAUACUUCAAGGAUCUGAGCAACCCUGCCUUUACAACGUACCUAGCGUUAGUACAUACGCGCUUUUCCACCAACACCUUCCCAAGCUGGGAACGUGCGCACCCAUUGAGAGUGCUUGCCCACAAUGGCGAAAUAAAUACAUUGCGAGGUAACGUGAACCUGAUGAAAGCUCGGGAAGGUGUCAUGAAGAGCGAGUUAUUUGGUGAUGAUCUCAAGAAGCUAUAUCCAGUUGUGGAACCAAAUCUAUCCGAUUCUGGUUCAGCGGAUUGUGUUCUCGAAUUCUUGUUACAUUGUGGAAAUCGGACUCUGCCGGAAGCGGUGAUGACAAUGGUACCCGAGGCUUGGCACUUCGAUCCAACCAUGCCAAAAGAAAAGAGAGACUAUUAUCAAUGGGCUUCUUGUGCUAUGGAACCCUGGGAUGGACCUGCUCUAAUUUCAUUUACUGAUGGAAGAUAUAUUGGUGCCAUAUUAGAUAGAAAUGGUCUCAGGCCGUCUCGUUUCUACGUAACAAAUGAAAAUAUACUUGUGAUGGCGUCCGAAGUCGGCGUUUAUGAUGUGGACCCGGAAAAAGUUAUAUUAAAAAGUCGUCUGAAGCCCGGACGGAUGUUGCUAGUCGAUACGCAAGACAAGAAAAUCAUAGAAGACGUAGAGCUCAAGUUGAAGAUCGCGCGCAGCCGUCCGCACUCGCAGUGGCUGAAGGAACAGAUAACAAUGGAAGAUAUCCACAAGUCUCUGUCCCCGCAAGUGGAGGUCCGAAGCAAUGGGUACGACCACACCGCCAUCUCCGGCCUGGGCGACAAGCGACUGGGCCUGUUCGGGUACACUAUUGAAUCCAUCAACAUGCUGUUGCUGCCUAUGAUACAGAACAAGAAGGAGGCCCUGGGCAGUAUGGGCAACGACGCGCCGCUGGCGUGUCUGUCGCGCUUCCAGCCGCUCCCCUACGAGUACUUCAAACAGCUGUUCGCGCAAGUGACCAACCCGCCCAUCGACCCUUUUCGCGAGAAGAUCGUGAUGUCGCUGCUGUGCCCGAUCGGCCCCACCGCCAACAUCCUGCAACCGAGCGCUGAAUUCGUGCAUCGCCUGUUUCUGCCGCAGCCCAUACUGUCGCUACCGGACCUCGAUGCGCUCAAGAGAACAUCUCACCGAGGGUGGAAGACGGAGGUGCUGGACUGCACGUUCGACGCGCGCGACGGCCCGCUGGGGCUGGAGGCGGCGCUGGCGCGCGUGUCGGCGGCGGCGCUGGCGGCGGCGGCGGCGGGCUGCCAGCUGCUCGUGCUGUCCGACCGCGCCGCCGGGCCCGCGCGCGUGCCCGUCAGCUCGCUGCUGGCGCUCGGCGCGGUCCACCAUCACUUGAUCGAAACGCGUCAACGCAUGAAAGUGGGAAUCAUAGUGGAGACUGCGGAGGCCCGAGAGGUACACCACAUGUGCGUUUUACUUGGCUACGGUGCUGACGCUAUUUGCCCCUACCUGGCUUUCGAGCUAGCCUUUUCUCUGCGCAACGACAACCUGAUCGACCAGAGCCUGUCAGACGAGGACAUAUACUUGGCAUACCAGAAAGCCAUCGAGACCGGUCUCGCCAAGGUAAUGGCUAAGAUGGGGAUCAGUAUGCUGCAAUCCUAUAAGAGCGCACAGAUUUUCGAAGCAGUCGGACUCAGCGAGGAAGUCAUUGACAAGUGCUUCCGGGGCACGCAGUCGAGGAUCGGUGGCAUUACUUUCGAGAUACUGUCUCAGGAAACGUUUGACAGGCACGCAUUGACUUAUGGUGACUGUCGAGACAUGCUUGUGUUGAGGAACCCCGGCAACUACCACUGGCGCGCGGGCGGCGAGAAACACAUCAACGACCCGCUGUCCAUCGCCAACCUGCAGGAGGCCGCCGUCAGCAACAGCGCCUCCGCCUACGACCGCUUCCGAGAGAGCGCGCUGGAGUCGGUGCGCGCGUGCACGCUGCGCGGACAGCUGGAGCUCGUGAAGCUGGACGAGCCGCUGCCGCUGGCCGAGAUCGAACCCGCCUCGGAGAUCGUCAAGCGAUUUGCCACUGGUGCUAUGUCAUUCGGCUCAAUCUCUCUGGAAGCGCACACGUCGCUCGCGGUGGCCAUGAACCGCGUGGGCGGUAAAUCUAAUACCGGAGAGGGCGGAGAAAACGCUGAUCGAUAUCUCAACCAGGACCCAGAAUUCAACAAGCGAUCGGCCAUCAAGCAAGUGGCAUCCGGUCGGUUCGGAGUGACUUCGUCUUAUUUAGCGCACGCUGAUGACUUACAAAUCAAGAUGGCGCAGGGAGCCAAACCUGGGGAGGGCGGGGAACUACCCGGCUACAAGGUGACGGAGGAAAUAGCCAAGACGCGGUGCUCGGUGGCGGGCGUGGGGCUGAUCUCCCCGCCGCCGCACCACGACAUCUACUCCAUCGAGGACCUGGCCGAGCUCAUCUACGACCUCAAGUGCGCCAACCCGCGCGCGCGCAUCUCCGUCAAGCUCGUCUCCGAGGUCGGCGUCGGCGUCGUGGCGUCGGGCGUCGCUAAGGGCAAAGCGGAGCACAUCGUGAUCUCCGGUCACGACGGCGGCACUGGCGCCAGCUCGUGGACCGGCAUCAAGAGCGCGGGGCUGCCGUGGGAGCUGGGCGUGGCCGAGACGCACCAGGUGCUCGUGCUCAACGACCUGCGCUCCCGUGUCGUGGUACAAGCCGACGGACAGAUUCGAACCGGUUUCGAUGUGAUGGUUGCGGCACUGCUUGGUGCGGACGAGUUCGGCUUCAGUACUGCGCCGCUCAUUGCAUUAGGUUGUACAAUGAUGAGGAAGUGCCAUCUAAACACGUGUCCUGUGGGCAUUGCGACGCAAGAUCCCGUUCUGCGCAAAAAGUUCGCCGGAAAGCCGGAACACGUCAUCAAUUAUCUAUUCAUGUUGGCGGAAGAGGUGCGUGUGCUCAUGUCGGAGGUGGGCGUCCGGCGCUUCGGCGAGCUGGUGGGCCGCACCGACCUGCUGAAGGUGCGCGAGCGGAACGACAACCCCAAGGCGCGCCUGCUCAACCUCGGCCUCAUACUCAAGAACGCGCUGCACAUGCGGCCCGGCGUCAACAUCGUGGGGGGCUCCAAGCCGCAGGACUUCCAAUUAGAGAAACGUCUAGAUAACCAGAUAAUCCAGCAGUGCAGCGGCAUACUGGAUGGCACUCAGCAAAAUGUGGAUAUCGCUAUGAAGAUCACAAACGAAGAUCGGGCCUUUACCUCCACACUGUCUUACCAUAUUGCUAUGAAAUUCGGCGAGGGUGGCUUGCCUGACGGUACAUCGAUAAAUAUAUCACUGACAGGCUCUGCGGGACAGAGCUUCUGCGCUUUCCUCUCAAAGGGCAUUACAGUUACACUUGAAGGCGACGCCAAUGACUAUGUCGGGAAGGGUCUCUCCGGCGGCAAGGUCAUAAUUUAUCCACCCAAGAAUUCAUCGUUCGAGUCACAUUUAAAUGUUAUCGUGGGCAACGUUUGUCUCUACGGAGCUACGUCUGGCAGAGCUUACUUCAGGGGCAUCGCGUCGGAGCGGUUCUGCGUGCGCAACUCGGGCGGCGUGGCCGUGGCGGAGGGCGCGGGCGACCACGCGUGCGAGUACAUGACGGCCGGCGUCGUGCUCGUGCUCGGCCUCGUCGGACGGAACUUCGCCGCCGGCAUGAGCGGUGGUAUCGCUUACGUGUACGACAUCGACGGCUCAUUCGAAAGUAAGUGCAACCCUGAAAUGGUAGAGCAGCUGCCGCUGGAAAAGAAAGAGGAUUUGGAUGAAGUGCAAAAACUGUUAGAAGAAUUUGUAGAAUAUACUGGCUCGAUAAUUGCGAAGAAUCUUCUCGAAACCUGGCCAGAGCCGGCUAAAAUGUUCGUCAAAGUGUUCCCCUACGAGUAUCAGCGAGUUCUCAAACAAAUAGCUCUUAAGCAAGCCACGCCAAAACUCGAGAGCAAUGGCAAGGCCGAAGAGAACGGCGUCGUAGAUAUCGAGGAAGCAGUUCGGAAUGUGGAGUUGGAUAAGAAAAACUUGGAAAAAAUUCUGGAUAAGACCAGGGGCUUCAUCAAGUACCCGCGCGAGACGUCGCUGUACCGGCCGGCGGAGAAGCGGCAGAACGACUGGGACGAGAUCUACAACCUGUCGGGCGUGCGGCGCGGGCUGCGCGUGCAGGCGGCGCGCUGCAUGGAGUGCGGCGUGCCCUUCUGCCAGAGCGCGCACGGCUGCCCGCUCGGCAACAUCGUGCCCAAGUGGAACGACCUGGUGUACCGCGCCGACUGGCGCCAGGCGCUCGCCAUGCUGCUGCAGACCAACAACUUCCCCGAGUUCACGGGGCGCGUGUGCCCGGCGCCGUGCGAGGGCGCGUGCGUGCUCGGCAUCUCCGAGCCGCCCGUCACCAUCAAGAACAUCGAGUGCGCCAUCAUCGACCACGCCUUCGAGAGCGGCUGGAUCGCUCCCGAGAUUCCGGAACAUCGUAAUGGAAAAACUGUCGCUAUAGUCGGAUCGGGACCGGCUGGGUUGGCAUGCGCUCAUCAAUUAAAUAAGGCUGGAUACACAGUUACAGUAUUCGAACGUAACGAUCGUCCCGGUGGUUUGCUGCAAUACGGAAUACCGAGUAUGAAGCUGAGCAAGGAGGUCGUAGGUCGAAGGAUCAAGCUAAUGAUUGCUGAAGGCAUUUCAUUCAAGUGUAACGUCGACGUUGGAAAAGAUAUUUCUGCAGCCGACUUAGCUAACGAAUACGACGCUCUCGUGCUGUGCAUGGGAGCGACGUGGCCGCGCGACCUGCCGCUGAAGGGCCGGCAGCUGGGCGGCAUCCACUUCGCCAUGGAGUUCCUCGAGGGCUGGCAGAAGCGCCAGGCCGGCCCCGCGCCCGGCCCGCCCGCCAAGGACGCGCCCGUGCUCUCCGCCAAGGACAAGGACGUGCUCAUCAUCGGCGGCGGCGACACCGGAUGCGACUGUAUCGCGACAGCACUCAGGCAAGGCGCAAAGUCGAUCACUACAUUCGAGAUUCUCCCUGAGCCGAAGAAAACCAGAGGACAAGACAACCCGUGGCCACAAUGGCCUAGAGUAUUUAGGGUUGAUUACGGACACGAAGAGGUGAAGGUCAAGUUCGGUAAUGAUCCAAGGAAAUUCUCUACGCUGACCAAGGAAUUCCUCGAUGACGGCGCGGGCAACGUGUGCGGCGUGUCGGCCGUGCGCGUGGAGUGGGCGCGCGGCGCGGGCGGGCGCUGGGACAUGCGCGAGCUGCCGGACGAGCGCCGCGUGUUCCCCGCCGACCUCGUGCUGCUCGCCAUGGGCUUCCUGGGGCCCGAGCGAUACGUCGCCUCGCAGCUCGAUCUCCCACUUGACGCGCGAAGCAACGUCGAAACAUCAAAGGACAACAUCUAUAAGACUCCCAUGAGCAACGUGUUUGCUGCAGGAGAUUGUCGCCGCGGGCAGUCAUUAGUCGUGUGGGCCAUAAACGAAGGCAGACAGGCUGCCAGGGCAGUGGAUAUAUAUCUAUCGAGCAAGUCUUACCUUCCUGGCCCCGGUGGAGUUAUUUACAACGAUUAAAUUAUCAUCAACCGGCCUUGGUUUUGAAGAAUAUAUAACAUUCGUUUCUAUCAUAUUUUUAACCAAAUUAAAAUAAUUUAAGAAAGUUAAAUCAAUGUAUUAGUUAAACAAGAUUGUGUCUCCAUUAUUUGACUUAAAACUUCUGUUACCACACACAAUAAUAACAUUGCCUUUAAAGAUAUUUUGAAAGAAUCUUUUAUAUUAUGUACAAUUUAAUUAUAUACAUAGCUACUAUGUAAUAGAAAUAAUAUUAGCCCAUAUACAGUUACAAUCUUGUUCGAAUCCUUUUCAGGACUAGCAAUGAUUAAAAAAUGCUUAAAUAGCUUUGAAUAUUUAUUUACAUUUUAAUAAAAAACAGUCCUUAUGUGUGAAAGUUCUGAAACGAAGUAUUAUUUAUUAAUAAAUUAACUUUUUAUAUCGUCGGUCUAAUCAAAAAAUGUUACCUCAUACAGUUAUAUUAUAAGCUUAUAAAUCGACUCCUAUUUUCAUUUUAAAUAUAUCCAUUUUUUUUAUUUAAUAUAUUUAAAAAAAUUCUUUAGUUUACAAAUCUCUUGUAAAUUAAAGAGACAUUUUAUGAUUAGCCCGACGACAUUUAUUCUAUCAUCGAUAUUAAGUGAAACAUGUUACAAAUAUGAAACCUCAAUAUAAUUAAGAUGAAAGUUUACAAAUUUUCUCAAAAUAUUUCAAAUAUAAAGUUGUUAAAAAUGUUAAUAAUUUCAUAAUAAAAUAAAUAACUCCAUGCUGUUACAUACAUUUAAAUAUUAUUCACUACCAUGUAUUGGUAACUAAUUUUAGUAAUUUUUAAUAGAUUAAUUUUAUUCAUAAAUAUAUUAUUGUAAUGUGAUUAAUAAUAGGAAUUAUUUGAGGAUUAAAAUUAAUAAUAAUAACAUUCCGUUUUAGGACAUUUUGUUUUUAAGUAAGAUUUCGUAUAUCCGAAAUGUCUUUGAAGGAAUGAUAUCCGCGUGUUAUUAAUUCAACAAAUUAUAAUAACAGUAAUUCAUAAAAAAUAUAUUCAUAUAGAAAUGUGUGAUUGAAUAUUUAUAUGAUUAUUUUAUGCUUUCUGUUAUUUAAGUGACAAUUUUUAGCCAGAUUAAUAAAUCUUACAUCUCUCUUUGACAUCUUUCUCAGUAACAUAUAUGAGAACGAGAUAGCAAUAUUAUUAAUAUUGUUAAAAUCGGUUCGAGAAUGUGUACUGUGUGUGCGUAAUGAAACUCCACCGAUGUCAACUUGAUUACGCACAUCACAAUAUUUGAUUUUAUAAUAAGUCGGAGAUUUUCAACAGCUUGCGUUAUAUAAGCUAAUUUAUUUGUUAUGUGUCAAAAUGUCAAGACGCCAAGGAAAAUAAAUUAUAUUUAAAUUGAGUAAUUUAUUAAAAGUUGAUCAAAAAUGAUAAAGUUUAAAAAAGUACUGUACAACUGUUUUUUAAUAUACUAUAUUUCUUUGUUAAGAAUAAGUUUUGUCACUUUUUGUUUUAGUUUGAACAAAUUAAAAUAUAAUGAAUCGAAGAUCAUUUCAUUAUUAUGCAACUGUGAUUUAUAUUUUGUUUUUAGCUGAUUUGUAACUUGUAACAUAUAUUGUUGCGCUUGAAAAGUUCCUACAUGAUAUAUUUAUUUAAACCUUCGUGUUAUUAAAAAUAGGAUUUCUUAAUCUAUUAGACUUUUCUAUAAUAUGAUUUCCACGUAAAUAGUAACAAUUCAUUUUUAAUUUUGGUGCAGAAAGUAUAUUUGCCUUAUCGAAAGAUAUUUUUUAUCUUCGUUAUAUUGAAAUCAACACUUGAAGUUAUAGUAAAUUUUUUAUAAAUAAUUACUAAGGUAAUUUGUAAUGUUAUGAAUAAACGUACAAUGAAUCCUAAGUUUGCUUAUAGUUUAGUAAAAUUAUCAAAGUUAUUUUAUUUAUAAAUAAACAUAUCUUAUGUCAAAACGCCAAUUAAUAAAAAUGCAUCGAGAGUUUUUACUAUAAAAUAUAAGGAACGUAGAAAAAAAAUUAUAGAUAAAAUAUGUUUUUCUGUAACUAAUUUAAAACGCUAUCUUAUUUUUACGUUGCAACUACGACUUAAAAAUUACAGCAGAAAUUGUAAUAAAUUAUUCGCUUAUUUUUUUACAAUAUUUUUCCGAUCUAAGUCCAUCUAAACAGUAUUCAAAUAUAUGUGCUUAUGUAAACUAUUCUAUAAUUUAUUAAGACUAAAAUCAAUUGAUUAAAAAAAAUGUAUUUCGUUACAUUGUUAUUUUAUUUAUUUAUAAUAAAAUUUAAUAAUUUUUUUCUUUUUUUUUUCUUUUACCUUAAUUUAAUUUUAAUCAUAUCUAAAUACGUAAUGUAUUAAGUAAUAAUAGCGAAAUAUUAUUACAUUAUAUAUUAAACAUAAUAUAUAAUGUAAUAAUAGCGAAUAGAAAUGUAAAAAAAAAGAAUCAAAGCGCGUGCAAGGCAGCAAAGGCGACGAGUGAAACCUUUUUGAGCUAGAAAUAUUUAACUAAAUUUCGACCUUGUAAUUCCACUUAUAUCGCCCAAAGAAGUUUCACUUCCAAAAGUUAGUAAUAUGUGUAAUUUUUAUGUAUGUAGUCCAAAUUCGUUGAAUAUUAUAAUAUCAAUGACAAUAAUAAGUGUCUGUUGUAGUUAAAUACUGUAUCGUAUGUUGUAAUGAAAUAAUAGAAAUUAUUGCAGCAAAG